AUGUCAGAGUCUAAUAAUGAAGGUGGUAGUAGUCAACCGACUCGUAAUGCCAACAGGAAGAAUAGGAACCCCAAAGGUAACAAAUCCAACAAUGCAAAUAACAGUUCCAAUGGUACUGGUAAUAAUAAUAAUAAUAGAAAAAGAAUAGUACGAAACAAUAAUAAGUCGAGAUCAAGUACCCCAAUUAACACUGAUCCAACUCAAGAUUCUAAAUUCUUACAAAUAUCCAAGUUAAUCAGGACGUUUAAACCAGUUACUGUUAAUGGUAUAUCAGCUAAGAAACUUAUUGAUAAUAUUAAACAACGAGAAACUCAAGAUCCUCAAUAUUUCAAACAAUAUAAGAAUCAUGCUCGAUUAUCAAAUUUACAAAAAUAUUUAUUAGAAUUCAUUAAAAACAAUCCCGAUUCCAUUAUUUAUAUUUCAUUCAUAAUUAAACCAUCUGAUCCUGAAUUUCCCUUUGAUUUAGAUAGAUUAAAGAUUAAUCUUAGUAUACCAGUUAAAUAUCCUCAAGAUAGACCAUCAAUUGUGGUAUUAAAUGAAGAAAUCCCAAGAGGAUUUGCUAUUAAUAUCGAACUUGGAUAUAGAAGAAUCAUUAAUCUAGCUCAGAAUUUAAUUGAAAAAGAUGAAGAUAUAGAAUUAGUUUCAGGUCAAGGAUUAUUAUCAACAGUAUUAACUUUGGAUAAAUAUUUAGAAUUGUUUUUAAAACAAGAGAAGAGAGAAACAUUUAAAUUUGUUAAGCCAGUGGGUAAAAAAGUAAAUAAAACAGAAGUGGUGAAUCCAUUGGAAGUGAAUGAAAAGACACAAGAAGAUGACGUUGAUAAGUUGUCACAUUCAGAUCUGAUUAAUGUUGGUAAAGUUGAUGCUAAAACGAUAGAUCAUAGAAAUGAUAUAAUUGAUCAAUUCAUAAAUAAAUUAGGUCAAGAUUCCGUCAAAUUAUUUAAAUCAACUAAACAAGAAAGUCAUUAUAAAAUCAGUUUACCACUUCCUCAUAACACCAAUCAAAUUCCAAAUUUAUGGCAAUUAAAUAAAGGAUUAGAUAUUUUAAUUAAGAUUCCAAUUAAUUAUCCUCAAUCAAAUUAUUCUAUAACCAUGUUAAACAAUUUCAAUACUAAUUUGAUAUUGAAAUAUGAAGCUAAUAAAGAUCAAAAAUCGAUAUUUGAAUUAACUAAACAUUAUAAACAAAUUGAACGGAAUUUUAAUGGGAAUGUAACUAAUUUUAAAUUUGAACCUAAUGGAACAACCAAUGUUUUAUUAAUGACGAUGAAUUGGUUAAGUUUAUACAUGGGAAGGUUUUGUUUAGAUAGUAAUGAAUUCGGCCAAUGGAAAGAAAACGUUCAUAAGUUACAAUUACAAUUACAAGUAUAG